CCCCACACCAGGGGAGCCGAGGACAAGCCUCACUGUGCAAGAUGGCUGCCGGCAGCUGCCUCCUCCUCUUCCUCCUGCCCUGGCUGGUCACAACCUCGCACAGCCCACCUGGCUGCAAGAUCCGGAUUACCUCCAAGGGGCUGGACCUGGUGAAACAGGAGGGCCUGCGCUUCGUGGAGCAGGAGCUGCAGAACAUCACGGUGUCAGACCUGCACGGGAAGGAGGGGCAGUUCCACUACAACAUCAGCGAGGUCAAGGUGAUGGACCUGCAGCUGGCAUUUUCUGACCUGCACUUCCAGCCUCAGCAGCACCUCGUUUUCAACAUCAACAAUGCCUCCAUCAGCCUGCGCUUCCGGAGACAGCUGCUCUACUGGUUCUUCUAUGACAUUGGGUCCAUCAAUGCCUCUGCGGAUGGCGUCCAGAUCCACACAGUGCUGCAGCUGUCCAAGGACGAGGCUGGGCGCCUGAAGAUCUCUAACAUCACCUGCAAUGCCUCCAUUGCCAGAAUGCAUGCAGGCUUCUCCGGCACACUCAGGAAGGUCUACGAGUUCCUUAGCACCUUCAUCGUCACAGGGAUGCGCUUCCUCCUCAGCCAGCAGAUCUGCCCCUCCCUGGAGCAUGCCAGCCUGGUGCUGCUGAACUCUGUGCUGGACACUGUGCCGGUAAGGAACUACGUGGAUGAGCACAUCGGGAUUGACUACUCCCUCCUGCGGGAUCCGGCUGUCUCCACGGACACCCUUGACCUAGACUUCAAGGGCAUGUUCUUCCCCCGUGGAAGAGAGAACCAGGAGCUGGAGAAUCAUGCGGUGGAGCCAGUGAUCAAGGAGACCGAGCGCAUGGUCUACGUUGCCUUCUCCGAGUACUUCUUUGACUCAGCCAUGCACGCAUACUUCCAGGCAGGUGUGCUGGCCAUAGAGCUCCAGGGGGAGAAGGUGCCCAAGGACCUGGAGGUUUUGCUGAGAGCCACCUUCUUUGGGACCAUCUUCAUGCUGAGCCCCGCUGUGGACGCUCCCCUGCGGCUGGUGCUGCAGGUGUCGGCUCCCCCCCGCUGCACCAUCAAACCCUCGGGCACCUCUGUCUCGGUCUCUGCCUUCCUCAACAUCUCACUGGUGCCCCCGGGCCGCCCUGCCGUCCAGCUCUCCAGCAUGGCCAUGGAAACAAAGCUGAGCGCCAAAGUGUUUCUGCAAGGGAAGGCACUGCGCGUGCAGCUGGACCUGCGAAGGUUUCGCAUCUACUCCAAGCAGUCUGCGCUGGAGUCGCUAGCGCUGUUCUCACUGCAGGCCCCACUGAAGACCCUGCUGCAGCUGACGAUCAUGCCCAUAAUUAACGAGAGGACUAAAAAGGGGGUGCAGAUCCCACUGCCAGAAGGCAUGGACUUCACCAAGGAGGUGGUCACCAACCACGCGGGAUUCCUCACAGUGGGAGCUGAUCUCCACUUCUCCAAGGGGCUGCGGGAGGUGAUCGAGAAAUACCGCCCAGCCCCUACCACCCCCACCUACCCCAGCCUGUGGCCCGCAGAGCCCAGCAUGGACCCCCACCAGCUCUAG